GUCUUCUGAUGGUUGAAGAAACUGUGUCUUCUUUGUUCCACAGAAAUGAAUCAUGAGAAGGCAGCGAUGGUAACGAAUGCAAGGCAGACCUGAGCUCGUACUGACUCCCAGUCCAGCACCAGUACUUUAAUGGUUGGAACUGCUCGCCCCAACCUACGUUACUGCCCUCGCAGACACAGCCUGAUGAUCACCGGUGCCAUGGGAGCGGUGCGAGUCAACAGAUACAGCAUCGUUUCCACAGAUGAAGAUGCCCUGAAGAUCUCCACUCUGGGCCUCCACAAUGGCCACAGUCCUUUGACCCAGCAGACACUGUCAGGGGCUUGUAUGCGGGGUGAAGAAGGUGGAGGAGAUUGCUCAGGAAAUGAUGAAGGAAGAGGGGCGUUGUCUUUGAGAGUGACGAACGAGCCGAUCGUCCACAAUAGCUGCCGUGCUUCACCCUCAUGUCGUCUUGGCCUCGAUCUGGGAACCGGCCGCCUGCGCAGCCGCUUCGUGAAGAAGAACGGCCAGUGCAAUGUGGUGUUCAACAACAUGGAGGAUAAGCCACGACGAUACUUGGCCGAUAUUUUCACUACAUGUGUGGACAUACGCUGGCGCUACCUGCUGCUCAUUUUCACCACCACCUUCCUCCUGUCUUGGUUGCUGUUUGGACUGAUCUUCUGGGGAGUGGCGCUCGCUCAUGGAGACUUUAACCUUCGGAUUCCCGUGAAGGAAGGGAAUCCUCGAAGCAAUGCAGAGGAAGGAAAAGACGACUGGCGGCCUUGUAUUCUCCACAUCCAAGGAUUCAUUGGGGCGUUCCUGUUCUCCAUAGAGACCCAGACCACCAUCGGGUAUGGUUUCCGGUGUGUCACGGAGGAGUGCCCAGUGGCCGUGGUGACUGUGGUCGUCCAGUCCAUCGUGGGCUGCAUUAUUGACUCCUUCAUGAUCGGCACCAUCAUGGCAAAGAUGGUGCGGCCCAAGAAGCGAGCGCAGACCUUGCUGUUCUCGAAUAAUGCCGUCAUCGCCCUGCGAGACGGUAAGCUGUGCCUCAUGUGGCGCCUGGGAAACAUGCGCAAGAGCCAUAUCGUCGAAGCACAUGUGCGCGCUCAGCUCAUCAAGCCACAUGUGACGGCGGAAGGCGAGUACCUCCCUUUGGAGCAAACGGACAUUGACGUCGGCUAUGACGACGGCCUGGAUCGGCUUUUUCUGGUCUCGCCGCUUGUGGUGGUCCACGAGAUCAACAAAAACAGUCCUCUGUAUAACGUGAGCCGCAGCGACCUGCAGAAGGCAGACUUUGAAAUUGUGGUCAUCCUGGAGGGGAUGGUGGAGGCCACAGCUAUGACCACUCAGGCUCGUAGCUCCUACUUAGCCAAGGAGAUCAUGUGGGGUCACCGCUUCGAGCCUGUGGUCUUUGAGAAGAGUGACCGCUACCACGUGGACUAUUCUCGUUUCCAUAAGACCUACGAAGUGCCAUCUACACCUCACUGCAGUGCCAGGGAACUGAGCCAGAUGGCAAGCCGUGGCGGGCAAUCCUCAUCCUCCAGCUCCACUUACUCCCGGUCUCCGUCACCGUUUGCCCCGAGGGCAGCCCGCCACCUGCUGGGUCCUCACUCCCCCAGUGCUUUCUGCUACGAGAACGAGGUAGCUUUGUGCUGCGGGGAUGACGAGGAUGAGGAGGAUGUGAAGGAGGAGGCGGGGAGUCUGAAUGUAAGAAGCGACAGGGAGGUAAAAAUGAGAGAUGACGUUCAUUUGGGUUUCAAAGAGACGUUUGUGGAGGAGCAGACGGUGGAGAUGCUGUGUGUUCUGGACUCAGAGAAUCAGAUCAGCCUUGACAGACUACAGCCCACCAUACCUUUAUACAUCAGCAGAGAGUCUGGAGUUUAAUCAGUGGUAACCUUCCAUUUGUUUCUUUGUCUGUGUGCAUCCAACCAAAGUAUUCAACUAGUGUAAAGAAUAAAAGAUGGAGGACACAUUUUAAACUGUAAAUCUGGUGGAAGACAUGGAUACUUUUGCAGCUUUAGCUCAUGACUCGCUCUGGUUUCAGGUAUCGUACACUUUGAGUUGCAACAUCAGCAUCUAGACGAUGCACACUUUGUCGACUUUUAAACAUGGUGACCGGGUAUUUCUCUCACAUCAUCUUUGAAAACAGGUACCUUGAUUGCUCUCUUGUUUUAUUCAGUAUGACAAUCUUCAGCUAAGUCAAGCUUUUUAUUCUUGAUUUCAGUUUUUUUUUUUUUGUAAAUACGAAAUAUGUUUUAAUUUUAAAACGAUUAUGCAUCAUAUACAGAUAAAUGUUAUGAGAGAAAAAAAUCUAUUUAUGUCAAAGAAAGCAUGACACAAAUGCACAACUUCAACACACUUAUUUUCUCUGUGUAAAAAUAAAAUGAUUUCUGUAUUUUAAACUUCUGUCUUCCUGCCUGAGUUCUGUCACUUUUCACACUUAAUAAAUAAGUUUGUUUGUUUGAAACGGUUAGUCAAACAUGUACAGAUGAAGAACAAGCACUUUAUUCUUACUUUUAUCAAUUACAGAUACAAACACUUUGCAACAGUGUGUUGUUUUGUAUGAAUA